AUGAAGCUUUAUGAGUUUGUAGUGAUAUUUGGAUACUUCAUGCUGAUUUUGGCUCAAAUGCCACAUAUUAAUCUGGUGUCUUUGGUCAUGUGCUUAUCCUACGGUGCUUGUGCUACUGCAACUUCCAUAUAUAUUGGAAAAUCAUCAAAUGGGCCAGAAAAGUAUUACUCUUUAAUAGGUGACACAACAAAUCGCUUAUUUGGAAUCUUUAAUGCCAUUCCCAUCGUUGCCAACACUUAUGGUUGCAGAAUAGUUCCAGAAAUUCAGGCAACGUUAGCACCCCCGGUAGAAGGGAAAAUGCUCAAAGGACUAUGUGUUUGUUAUGUUGUAGUUGCAUUGAGUUUCCUUAGCAUAGCUAUCUCUGGCUAUUGGGCAUUUGGAUAUCAAGCUGCAGGCCUUAUUUUUAGCAACUUUGUAGAUGAUUACAGCAAGCCUUUGGCUCCCAAGUGGCUUAUUUAUUUGCCCAACAUUUUCACAAUAGCUCAAUUAUUAGCUAAUGGUGUGCUUGAUGCAACUUGA